AUGGCGAACAGUACGAGACGUCGACUAAGUUUUGUUGAUUUUCCUGAUCCUCAAGUAUGGCAUAAACUGAUUGAAUAUGCUGAAGUGACUAUUACUUUUACUAAAUUAAUUACGGAUUUUACAAAUCAAUGGGCUAAAAUAUGCUUUUUGGCAUCAUCUCAAUUACAUCAACUUGUAAAUGAUUUUCGUAAAAAAACUGAAAUUGAAAUUCGUGAAAAAUGUCAUCUAGGUGGUAUGAUGUACGAUUUAUGGGAAUCAUUAUUACUUGAAUCAGAAUUAGAAUCACAGUCUUUGAAAAAAAUGGCAUGUUUAAUGGAAAAAGAAAUUUGUACACCAUUAGCAAGUUUUAUAACAAAUAAAAGUGUUGAAUUAUCUAUUAAUAAACAACAUCGUUGUGAUCUUCAUGAAAUUUUAGAAACAAGUCAUGAUAUUGUUGAAGAAUUGCAAGAAGAAUAUGCAAAGAUAUAUAGUGAUACGGGUGUAACACCUGAAUUUCAUUGUGCACAUAAUCAAUAUAUUAUUGAAUUAGUUGGUGUUAAUGGUCUUUUAUCAAAAUAUCAAUAUCAUGUUUUACCACAACUUCUUCAAGGAAUGGAACAAUCACAGAUUGAUGUUAUUGAUACAGUUUGUCAAAAUUUACAAUUGAUUGCUUCUCUCAUACAAAAUUAUCAUGAACAACGUCAUCGUAGUUUGGCAUCAUUUGUUGUCACAAGUACAACAACAGAUCCAAAUGAAGAAUUAGAAAAUUAUAUAUGUUCAAUAAAUGAAUCAAGUAAUGAGCGAUCAACACCAAAAAUUAAUAUUGAAUUUGAAACAUUUCAUUCUCCAUUUAAUAAACUAACUACAUAUGAUUCUCGUUUACAACAUUUAUCACCACAUAAUAGUGAACAAUUAAUUGUCUAUGCAGCACCAGUUAUUCAAUCACAAUUAUCGGCAUGUUGCAGAGAAACAGCUGAACGUUUGAAAGAAGUUAAAAAGGAGAAAUCAGCAUUAUUAGCUGCUGUUAAUAAAGCACCAAUCAAACAUCAUCAACAACAUGAAGAUCAACAACAGUCCGAGAAAAUCAUGCUCAAUCAAAUGCAAGGUUUCAUGAAAAAGAAACAUCAAUUACGUUUAAUGGAACUUGAAGAAUCUGUAUUAUUAGCACAGCAAGAAUUGCUUAAAUCUCAUCGACAUUCGAUGAGUAGUAUUGGCGACAGUGAACAAGAUGCGCAAAAGCGCAAUCUAAAAACUAUGAAAGGACUUUGGCGUGAGACAUUUCGAGCAUUAAAAAAGUCCACAACAUCCUCAAGUGGCCAUGGUGUUGAUGAAACUCAUCUGUAA